AUGUCAGGCUUAUAUUCAGGAGUGCAAGCACGAAUCACAACAAGUAAUCCUUUAGCUGAAUAUGUUCCUUGUGCUGGUCAUUUUUUAAAUUUAGUGGGAACUUGUGCAGCUGAAUCUGUUACCGAAGCCGUGGACUUUUUUUCUACUUUGCAAGAAAUAUAUAAUUUUUUUACCGUUUCAACACAUCGUUGGGAGAUUUUGACACAGCAUACAAGUUUAAGACUUAAAAGUCUUUCUCAAACUCGACAUGAUGCAUGCUACACAUUAGAAAAAGAGUGGCCUGGAAUAAUUGUUGCACUGAACUUUAUUGGCGAAAACAAAGAUGAAAAACCUGCUACGCGAGCGGAAGCUAAGGGACUGCAGCAAAAAUUACAACAUUUAAAAACAGCAAUUCUAGUCAUUGUUUGGAAUGCAAUUUUGGAUCGCUUCAAUUCUGCGAGUAAGAAACUUCAGGAUUCUCAAGCUGAUUUAUCAUCUGUGAUACAAAUAUACAGAUCUUUGGCAUUAUUUCUACAAGAUAUGAGAAAUAAACAAUUUUCUGAUUAUAAAAAAAAAGCCAAAGCACUAUCUGGAGUUCAAAAUUACUAUCGAUAUGACACCCGUCGUAAAAAAACCCGAAAACUUCAUCCUGACGAGUCACGGGAGAAUGAAAGAACAGCUGUAUCUGGAGAAGAAAAUUUUCAAACCAACAUUUAUUAUCCAAUUUUAGAUACUUUAAGUGUACAAUUGAAAGAACGUGAAAAUGAAUUAGUUAUUAAAUAUCCUAAUGAUUUGGAAGAGACUUUCGCGAAUGAAUGUAUUUAUUUGCACUGUCAACUCAAAGAUUCUCUAUUAAACACGAAAGAUAUACGUUCCGCGCAAGAAAUAUACAUUUUUUUGAAUUCUCAAAAGCUUCAAGAUGUUUAUCCGAAUGUAGACAUAGCUUUGCGUAUUUUUUUGAGUAUUCCGGCUACGAACUGUUCUGAAGAACGAUCUUUUUCCACCUUGAAAAGAGUAAAAGCAGCAAGUAUGGCUCAAGAAAGACUCAAUGCUUUGGCACUACUUUCAAUUGAAGCUCAACUAGUUCAAAAAAUUAAUUACAACGAUAUAGUUGAUAAUUUUGCUCAGACUAAAGCCAGAAAGAAGAUAUUUACAAAUUAA